CUCUCUCCUUCCACGGGUUCUUUUAAAAAAUUAAAUCCAACAUGGCAACUGCCGGGUGGUAUUGGCGGGAUCAACUGUGCUGUCCUCGGUCUCUUGACCAAGCCAAAGGCGAACUAAUUAUUUUCGUCACCAGUAAAACAGUGAGAUUUAAGACCUCUUGAUCACGUUGCAAUCAGUUUUAUCUGACCAUAGAACUGCAUGAGAACGGACAAAGAUAGUGGAACUGAUUUAUUGUCGAUUAUACAUUACCUUUCGAAUCGUCAACAGAAUUUUACAUGAGAUAGAUUACACCAGUAUUGCUGAAACGUCCAUUAGAAUGGAGGAUGAUACAAAAGAAGCUGCAUCGGAAACAAUGUUGCGAAAUUUAUUUUGUAAAACACGAAAGGGAUGAAAUACAUCGUCAGAUCCAGAAGAGAACGACGGAACGAAUUGGCAAAAUGCUCGCUAUUCAUUUUCGACGACGUCCGAUCACCUAAACGUAAACGUAAAAUCUAUGAGCUCGAAGGAACGGGGGCGUGAAAGUGACAGAAGUUAUUUGUUUUUUACCGCAAAGAAGCUCCACGUUCGCCCCUGGAGGGUGAAUAUGUGCCAGCAUCUCAAGCAUGACCCUCAUAUAAUAGGUGAAACUUGGGAAAUUAGAGAGCCACUUUCGUGUCUUCUCCGCAGCGAACGGUCAACGAAUUCGUCGCGUCUCGACGUCGGAACUGAUUUGCAUAAUUCGAGAACUCGGCGCCCGAAGCAUUUCGAACUUGACUGGGAAGUGCGUCAAGUAUUCGAGGCCUCUGAUUCGGACAUUUUCAUCCGUCACUACUAUGACGCGCCUCCUGAUCCUCUCUGUCGUCUUGGGUGUUUGUUGUGCGUUGGCGGAGAAAACUGAACUCCAGACUACAAGCGAACUUUCGAAGAAAAUCUCGAAGGAAGAUCGACUUCCGACGAGCGUCGUUCGCGCGAAGAACUCGUCACAGCUGAUCCUCGAUACGAACGAUGACGAAGAGCUGAAGAAGACGGAUAAAAAGCCAAGAACCGUCAUACAUCGUGACUCGAACGUCGAUUCAAGAGGUUCCAGCUGCUGCGACACCAGACACAGUUCCAGCAGAUUCGCGCGACCCGACCACAAUUACAACAAACUCCCCUUGGAGAGCGGACGGUAUCCUUCCCAAUAUAACGAGCGAUAUCCUAUCGACAGAUAUGGGUGGCAAACUCAAGCUCCAGCUCGACCUCCAGCUUCCACCACGAGCGGCGGCGGCAGACCUUCGGGAGGCGGCGGAAGUUACGGCGGAAGCGGAGUUUACGUGGGGAGCCAAUCGAGUGACAGGUUUGGACCACGACCGGUGUACGGAAGUGAGGGCACUAGCAAACCUUUGAGCUACGGCUCGGGAAACACCGGCGGCUACGGCUAUAGCUCAAACGGUUACGGGAGCUACGGCAGACCAACCGGAUUCGGAGGCAGUGGCGGUGGCUAUGGGAUUUCGGGAACCUUAGCCGACGGUGAUGAAUUCGGUCCUGGCGAUCCCGUCUUCUCGGAUGGUAGUGUGCCGCAACAUCCCGGAAAUAUUCAGGCGCAAAAGGCUGUGGCUUUGAAAGCUCUAGCUGGUGUUGCGUUGAUCGGCGCAGCGGCAGCGUUAGCUUCGAAUCCGGUGCUUUUACCAAUCGGCAUUGUGGCAGGGAGGAGAAAGAGGUCGGAGAGCUUCUAUGAGGACGUGCAGUCCGAAGUUCAAAUGGAUUACAUCGUGAACAUGCUGAGAGAACAUUUGGCUAAAAUACAAAAAGGCGGUUCCAGCAACCGACUGAUCGUCUCCCCAAGAUGCGUCGCUAGACUUACCUGCGAGAUCCAAAAGAAUUACCUCUCCGACCUCAACAAGGACGUCGAGAUCGUGAACACGCAACGGAGACAGUACCUUGCCGACUUAAUACGAAACAACGUGCUCAACACCGCAUCCGUGAGCACGAACGUGAAGAACCUGAUCAAAUUAGCUGUCGACGUCGCGACAGAGGAUAGAAACUGCAACAUGUUCACCUGUAGUUACAUAAGGAAAGGUUAAAUGUGUGAAGAUUGCUUUAAAGUAUCGUAUUAUUACAUAUCGUUUGUUCAAUCGUUUCACAAGUAAAUAAACACGCGUAUACAUAAACGGGAAUGUGAAAUUAUUCGAUACGAUCGUCGAUGACAUAGUAUCGUCUUGGUAUUACAACUCAAAAAAAACAUUUUAUUUGAGAUUCAUUCAUUCGUUCGUUGUUCAUUCUGUUCCACGACUUAUGUAUGCGAUCGUGCACAUGUCGCAGAAAGGAAAAUUUUUUAACGUUUCCAGCAGAGGUAGAAUAUUUUAGAAGAUAAAAUAAUAUGUAAGAAUGAAAUUUUUCUCGAUGUUUUAAUUACACA